CCUCGGCGGUGACAGCCGCGGCCCGCCACGUCCCGCACGUAGCGCCUGGCCGCGGCGGGGAGAAGGGAGCUGGUGUCAGGGACACGGGCUCCUCGGGCGGCGCUCGGCAUGAAGCUGGCGCGGCUGCUGCUCGGAGCCGCUUCGGGGGCCCCCGGCUUAGGGUGGCGCCCCGCGGGCCCCAGCGUCUGCCGCGGCCUUGCCUCGGACUCGAGCUCCAGGCCGGCGUCGGAACGCGGCGUUCCGGGCCAAGUGGACUUCUACGCGCGCUUCUCGCCGUCGCCGCUCUCCAUGAAGCAGUUCCUAGACUUCGGAUCAGUAAAUGCGUGUGAAAAGACCUCAUUUAUGUUUCUGCGGCAAGAGUUACCUGUUCGAUUGGCAAAUAUAAUGAAAGAAAUAAGUCUUCUUCCAGAUAAUCUUCUCAGAACCCCAUCCGUUCAAUUGGUACAAAGCUGGUACAUCCAGAGUCUUCAGGAGCUUCUUGAUUUUAAGGACAAAAGUGCUGAAAAUGCUAAAACUAUUUAUGACUUUACAGAUACUGUGAUACGGAUCAGAAACCGACACAAUGAUGUCAUUCCCACAAUGGCACAGGGUGUGACUGAAUACAAGGAAAGCUUUGGAGUAGAUCCUGUUACCAGCCAGAAUGUUCAAUACUUUUUGGAUCGAUUUUACAUGAGUCGCAUUUCAAUUAGAAUGUUGCUCAAUCAACACUCUUUAUUAUUUGGUGGAAAAGGAAGUCCUUCUCAUAGAAAACACAUUGGAAGCAUAAAUCCAAACUGCAAUGUGGUUGAAGUUAUUAAAGAUGGCUAUGAAAAUGCUAGGCGUCUUUGUGAUUUAUAUUAUAUAAACUCUCCCGAACUAGAACUUGAAGAACUAAAUGCAAAAUCACCAGGACAGCCAAUACAAGUGGUUUAUGUACCAUCCCACCUCUAUCACAUGGUGUUUGAACUUUUCAAGAAUGCAAUGAGAGCAACUAUGGAACACCAUGCUGACAAAGGUGUUUAUCCUCCUAUUCAAGUUCAUGUCACACUGGGUAAUGAGGAUUUGACUGUGAAGAUGAGUGACCGAGGAGGUGGUGUUCCAUUGAGGAAGAUUGACAGACUCUUCAACUACAUGUAUUCAACUGCACCCCGGCCUCGUGUUGAGACAUCCCGUGCAGUGCCCCUGGCUGGCUUUGGUUAUGGACUGCCCAUAUCACGUCUUUAUGCCCAGUACUUCCAAGGAGACCUAAAGCUAUAUUCCUUAGAGGGCUAUGGUACAGAUGCAGUUAUCUACAUUAAGGCCCUGUCAACAGAAUCAAUUGAGAGACUCCCUGUGUACAACAGAGCAGCCUGGAAGCAUUACAACACUAACCAUGAGGCUGAUGACUGGUGUGUUCCCAGCAGGGAGCCUAAAGAUAUGACCACGUUCCGCAGCGCCUAGGUGCACACCCAGGACCCUGGAAAACCUAAUCAUGGGUUUCCUUAAAUUUGGAUCUACAUUGUUUUAAAAACUUUAUGUGUCAGUUUCACAGUUAAGUCUUUGGGUAGAAUAAAUGGAAACUUAGGUUCCAUUUGCA